AUGCCAGCCUACCACCUGACGGUGUUUCCUCUAGCUGCGUGGGCUAAGAAAAAGAUCAACAAAAUCAGGAGAUCGUUCCUGUGGAAGGGGGAGGAGAAUGCCAAUGGCGGACACUGCCUAGUUAACUGGCAAACAGUUACCAGGCCAAAAGACCUUGGUGGUUUAGGUGUCCCGGACCUUGAUAGAUUUAGGAGAGCCCUCCGGUUGCGAUGGCUUUGGCAGGAAUGGGUGGACGAUUCCAAGUCUUGGAGCGGCUCGGAGCUUCCAUGUUCUGAUGAUGAUCGUCUCCUCUUCAACUCCUCAAUCAUUAUAACUUUGGGGGACGGUGCAAAGACUGAGUUUUGGCACCACAAUUGGCUUGAUGGACAAGCUCCUAGGUACCUAGCCCUGAACUUGUUUCGCCUAAUUUCAAGGAGAAACCGAAUGGUGCAACAAGAACUCCGGAUCAACAAUUGGAUGCACAAGCUAGGAAGGAAAAUCACCUCGGCUGUCCACAUAGAGGAGUUUGUGUCCCUUUGGAUACGGAUACAAGAUGUGCACCUACAACAGGGCGUCCAGGACACCAUCAUCUGGCGAUGGACCAAUGAUGGGAACUACUCCACCCGCUCGGCCUACAGAAUACAAUUCAAAGGCUCGCUCGUCCCCUUCCAUGACAUGACAGAUCAUGGUCGAGUAUCCAUUGAUACUGAUCCAUGUAACCCAGCAGUUAGUCAUUCAUGUCGUUGUGAAGAGCUGUAA